GCGCGGUGCGGUUGGGCGGGGUGAGGGUGGGUGCGCGUGCGCGGCGGUUGUCGGGCGGGCCGGAGGCGCGGGGCCCGGGCGGAACGCUGAGCCGGCAGCAUCUCCCGCAUCCCGACGCGUGUUUCCCCGGGACCGGGCUGCGAGAGCGGCCGUGCCUCUGACGCCUCAGUGCUUCCGUGAUCCGCUGCUGCAGCUGCACGAAGAAAGAGCUUUUCCGUGGCGUUGCGUGGAGCAGCGAGAGGAACUCGUGCAAUAUGAAAACGAUGACGGGAUCAAACGAAUUCAAACUAAAUCAAACUCCAGAUGAUGGUAUUUCAUCAGUAAAGUUUAGUCCAAAUACAUCUCAGUUUCUCCUUGUUUCAUCCUGGGACACAACUGUUCGGCUCUAUGAUGUUCCUGCCAACACCAUGAGACUCAAAUACCAACAUUCAGGAGCUGUCCUUGACUGCGCUUUUUACGAUCCUACCCAUGCCUGGAGUGGAGGAUUAGAUCAGCAAUUGAAAAUGCACGAUUUAAACACGGACCAAGAAAACCUUGUUGGUGCCCAUGAUGCUCCUAUCAGGUGUGUUGAGUAUUGCCCAGAAGUGAAUGUCAUGGUGACUGGAAGCUGGGAUCAAACAGUUAAACUGUGGGAUCCCAGAACUCCUUGUAAUGCAGGAACCUUCUCUCAACCUGAAAAGGUCUAUACACUUUCUGUGUCUGGAGAUAGACUGAUUGUGGGGACAGCAGGUCGGAGAGUGCUGGUGUGGGAUUUGCGGAACAUGGGUUAUGUUCAGCAGCGAAGAGAAUCAAGUCUGAAGUACCAGACCCGCUGUAUCAGAGCGUUUCCGAAUAAACAGGGUUAUGUUUUAAGUUCUAUUGAAGGUCGUGUUGCGGUGGAAUAUUUGGAUCCAAGUCCAGAAAUCCAGAAGAAGAAAUACGCAUUCAAAUGUCACCGUUUGAAGGAAAACAACAUUGAGCAGAUUUAUCCAGUUAAUGCUAUUUCUUUCCACAAUGUCCACAACACGUUUGCUACAGGAGGUUCUGAUGGAUUUGUAAAUAUUUGGGAUCCAUUUAAUAAAAAGCGGCUGUGUCAGUUCCAUCGGUAUCCCACAAGCAUAGCAUCACUUGCCUUCAGCAAUGAUGGAACUACCCUUGCAAUAGCUUCUUCAUAUAUGUAUGAAAUGGAUGACAUUGAACAUCCUGAAGAUGGUAUCUAUAUUCGCCAAGUGACAGAUGCAGAAACAAAACCGAAGUCUACUUAGACUUCUGGUGAUACUUCUUUUCUGCAAGAGGUGCCCACCUGCUCCUAACAAGUCUAAACUAAAACAGUAGAAGUGAGAAGAACAAACUUUGUACUGAUGUUGUUUUUAACUAAGAAAUACUUGUUUGUGUAUUGUAGUACAUCUUAAUCUGUCAUCACUUGCCUGCUUAUAAUGUUAGUGAAACUGUUUUCUUUAUCUGCUGUCUGUAGCUAAAUUAGUUCAGUCCUGUAGGCAACUUUGUGUAUACCUUUAUGAAAACUUAGCACAUUUUGUAGUAUAUAAUUAUGAAAACUUUCAGUGGCCUCAUAAUUGUUCAAUAAAUAUCCAUAGGUUUUUUGUAAACAAAUAAUUUGUGUAACAACCUUUACUGUUUGUGAAACAAAUGUUAAGACCAAACCUUUAAGUUGCAAGAAUUCUUGAGUUCUAGAUCUUCCUGAUGGAAAAUUUCUGAACCUUUCGUCUUUUUCCAGUGAGAUGAACUGGGAAUUUCUUAAUUACCUGGGGACAUCGGCUCUCCAGGCAAUGUUUUCACAGGGCUACGAAAGUCUAAAGUUGUAUAAGGUGGGCUUGUUUAUCUCUGACUUGAACGUUAAUUGGAGAAUCAUUAACUGUUUCUGGAGGAAAGAACUUGAACGCAUGGUACUUUGGUUUCUUUCACAUACUGCAUAAAAGCUUAAAAUUAAUGAUGCUUGGGAAGAAUUGAGGGUAGAGGGGAGCAAAUGUAGAGUUUCAGCCUACAGCUGAGUGGUCUGUUCCAGGUCUGCAGAUCUGACCUGGUAGCCCAGGGUUUAUGGAGUAACACAAGUGGAACUGUAGAAAAGAGGAAUCUCCCCACAAUGGAGAUGUCAUUCUGGCCACAAAACCCCAUGAAAAUGUGCUGUUCCUCUGAAUGUCUUGCUUGCCUUAUUGUCAGUUGGUAAGAAGUCUAAUCUGUAAUCAAAUUUUGUAUCAGCCUCUUUAGAGCAGGGGGUGGGUGUGAGGAGAUGCUUGAACUUGGACAAAUUAAAAAUUUCUUAGGAUAGUAGUAUUAGAAAAAACAACUUAAACACUGUGUGUUUGUUUUUUCUAAGCAGGAAUGUAGAUCUGAUCAAGAACCUAACCUGCAAAUCCAUCUUCUGCUAAAAAUAAUAUAUUCAAUAUUGCACAUUCCUGUUAUUGUUGUGGAAAUAAAGUUCAAUGCUUUCUCAUUAGUACCACCGAUAAAAGCAAUCUCAUCCAACUCUGCAGAACAGACUGUCAGACUGCUCUCUUAAUAGUAGCUUGUAUCAGGUGUUUGGGAAGUACUUAAGCAUUAAGUACUCACUUCGUAGUGAACAGUAAGGAGGGACAGAACAAAACCCUGAGGCUUAUCAAAGAUGAUUAAGGUGUGGGUAUUCUGGAGUGGUGAUUGGAUUCAUACUUUACUUCCAACUUUUUCUCUUCUGAGUUAUCAGUGCCUGCAUAGCCAGUGGGAGUACUUUAUUACCUUUAAGAGAACAAACUUGCUGACAGCAGAAAUAGUAACCAAUCGUUGCAAAGAAGGUGGUGAUGGAGAGGAAGCUGGGCUCUGUGUGUGCAGAAAGCUAACAACCUUGAGCUGUUACUAGGUAGGCAUAGUAAAUGAGUUAUGUGGAAUAUUUUAUAGUUUGUCAUGAGCUAGAUAUGGAUUCUGUGAUAGUAUAAACUGUUUUUGAUAGGUUUGAAAAAAAUAAACAUCUUCCUGGAUUAAAUAUGAAUAAUGCCCUCAGUAGCAUCCAGCCUCUGUUCUGAUAGAUGUGUACCAUCCCUAUUUCUUCCAGUUUUAAUUGGCUUUUUUUGCAUUGAGGGUACAUGACUUGGUGAUGAUGGGCAAAGGUUGAAGGUUUGCUGUCACUUUAGGAUGUGAUGACACCUUGGUGUUUGUUUUUUUAUUUUUGUUUGUUUGUUUAAGGAAUGCAUUGAUACAUAGAGUCUGGGGCCUAACUAUGGGAACCAAAGGUUUCUGCAAGAAUGACUAGAGAAGAAAUAGUAAGCAAAAUCCCUAGUUUGGGGGAUAACUGUAGGCUGAAACAGCAGACUUUGCGUUAAAAACACUGUCAAGUGUUCCAGGUUCCCAUGCCACAAUGUGUGUGUUUGCAGGUAUAAAUACAUAUGUAUUUGCAGAGCAAAUGUGCAAUAUCUGUUGUUUCUCUAUCUCCUCGCAGCUGAGAGUGUAUGAUAUUACAAAACACAGGAUUGAGCCCACAAAUGAAUUGUGGUUACCUGAAAGCACCACGAUGAUCCUGCUUGUGGAGAAGAGAGACCUUGAAGUGAGGAUGGGACCAAAUAAAUAAUGUGUGAAGGCAGAAAUAGGCUGUGCCAAAUGAAAAGGUGGCUUAGUGAUGAUGUGGAGAAAGGAACAUGUGAAAUGGAGAGAGGAUGGUGUGGGGAGUUACAGGGGUAGAACUGCGGGGAACAAAGUGAAAUAAGAGCUAGAGAACGUAGGGGGGAAACAAAGAAAGAAUUAGGGGAAUUCCAAAUAGUUUGGUUAACAAAGUAGACGCAUAACAUAACCUGGAAGCGAUGCCACCUGUGCAACUUUUCAUUGGUAAGUAUCCAGGGAAAAAACCUGUUAAUGUUUGAUGUACCGACAUCUGCAUGCUUCAGUGGGCAAAGGUAGCCCAAGAUACGUAGGAGGAAAUGGAUUGGACUUACUAGUUCCAUUUUGGCUUAAAAAUGGUAGGAAAAUUCCUUGUGGUGUGUCAGUGUUUUAUGUAAAUGCUUGAAACAAACAAAAGUCUGUAGAAAAUAGUGAGACAACCAGGCAUAACAGAGAAGAGAAAUGUUAGUUGGUCAGGGCUACAGCUGUGUCCCUAUGUUAGGUACAGAUAUGUGCAUUUGGAAUACAGCUAUUUCUUUUACAAGAUUAAUCUUCCUUUUAGCUCUCUUCUAGAAAUGCAGGUCAAGGCAGAGGUUCAUAAGCCGGAGAAAUCAUGAAACAAGCCUUUUCUGACCUAUAUAACAAGCAGCCGAACAAAGAGGAUAUACUGACUCUUGAUCAGAGGAAUUGAGAUCUAAAAAAGCUCCUUAAGUCAUUGCUUUUUGGAUGGUGUUGAGGGCCAUACAGAAAACAUGGAGUCAUAGCCGUCAUUCUAAUAGAGUCAUCAAUCACUGUUGACUGCUUUCAGGAAAAAAUACCACGGGUUGUCUCUCACAAGAGCCUUAUAACACUGUGGUAUUAGAAGCCAAGUGGCAUCUGUGCCCUGAAUGUUACAAAAGCAUGCUGGUAAGUGUACUUUUUUCUGUUGGCCAGUACUUCAAGAUAAUCAAUGUAUGGUUACCACAUACAGGUCUGGAGCUGUGCUGCAUCUCAGACGUGAUGUUUUGUGCUGCUGCUGCUAUUAUAAUAAAUAUAUAUUAAAAAAAAAAGUGUCCUUUAGGUGGGUGUUUUCCCAAGCAAAACCAGUUCCUGCUCUGAGCUCAAAGCUGAACUCUGAGCCCCAAACACAAAGGCUUAAGUGACGCCUUUGAGAAUGAUGUUUACAAAGCUGUGUAGAUAUUGCUAGCUCCAUCUUCCUUAACUGUCUCACACUUUUGUAAGUGUCUAGUAGUUUUUACUGCCUUGAAAAUUAAGGAUUUUCUGUAGUUGGAGUCAUGUAGUCACCAAGUUCAGCAGUAAUUCAACUGGUGCGUCGGUUAAGAUAGAUGCCCAAAAACUGGGUGUUUCUACUAUUGGAUACUCUUGCAAAUGUUGGCCUAAAUGACACAUCCACCAUCAGUGAUCGGUAUUAGUGGUCUGGAGCAGAACCUAUUUCUUUCGACUAGCAGACAUCUGUUCUGGUGAUUACACCAUUAGCUGCUUUUAUGUUGUUUAGUAUAAUCAUAACCACAAGGCUAGUAAUUUUUUAGUCAAUAUGCAACUGAUAUAACUUCUAGUCCUCCAGCAAUGUGACAUUUGCUCUGAAACGUGUCAGGCUUCUUUGUUCAAAAUAGUAUUUAACUGAUAGUUUGUAAUACAUUUAGAUACCUAGAAUUUAGAAAUGAAAAGUCAAAUAUAGAACCCGCCUAGAUAUUCUUACGACUGACAUGCUAAAGGCACUUCCUGUGAAAUAUGUCUUAUUUCAUAAGGCUAUAUGUGUGGCACUUUUUGACUAUAUCAUACAUUUUCUUAUAGCAUGAAAAGAUAUGAAUGUGCUAACGCAUGAUAGCAACACGGUGGAUGUAAUAGGUCUCCAGUCUCCUGUGAUUACCUGCAAAGUGGAAGGGAAUAAACUGUUCUCCAUGUUCACUGGGACUGGGACGAGGCAUAAUGAGCUUAAAUUACAGCAGAGAUUAGUGUAGACAUUAGGAAAAACUUUCUAAGUGUAAGAAUGGCUAAGCCCAGGAAUAAAUUGCCUGGAGAAGCUGUAGCGUCUCCAUCUCUGGAAUUUCUCAAGCACAGGUUGGACAAGCAUCUGCCAGGAAUGGUGUGGCUUUAACCGGUUCCAUCUUUGGGCAGGAAAGAUAAGCUAGUACUGAUCGCACUUGUGGUUGUUACACUGCUAAAUUUGUCUCUGAUCAUGCAUUCACCUGGCAUUGCUCCUGUUACAGCAAACUAGUAUUCUUUGUAACUGAGGCAGGGAUUCCUAUUUAUUUAAAACUUUUAAAUCCUUAGGCUUUUAUUUUCCUCCAUGGCCCACACCACCAUUAACAGGCAAACUCGUUUCAGCUUUGAAUCUGUCUGUGCUUACCAGCUUACCCUGUCAGUGUGACCUGGUGCACCAGAGCUGGUGGGUGCUGGGGGGGAGCUCCACCUGGGAGAAAGCUCUGCAGAACUGUCCUGCUAAAUAAGACCACAAUACUUAAAUUCAAUGUAUGUACUAAUUUUGUAGGCAUUUCUGAUUUUUUGUAAGGUUAAUAAAGCAGAGUAGCUGAUUCUUAUUGGCUAUAUAAAUACUUUGUUUACACCAGUCUUACAAUAACUAUGGUUUAAGCUUGCAGCUAGCUUCACUGUCGGCUGGCACUAAACAACUCUUGUACCAGUAUGGCAUGUAGUUGUGUAUUUUAAUCAAUUCCGCACUUACAGAAACCCACUAUAUUCUCCUUUGGUAAAAACAGAGCCAAGGUAGCAUCAAGUAAAAAGCAAGCAAUAAAUUUAUUCACUUGUGCCAAAGAGUUCCUAAUAAUUAAAUUAAACUAAGCAAGGGUUGCUUUUCCCUGCUUGUGUUUUCUGCAAAUCUCCACUGUUUUGCAGCGACAACAAUGCAACAAAGACAACAAUUGCCUUAUUCUCAGUGCUGCACAGAUGCAUUGCAAGAAAUGGUUCUGGCUUGAGAAUUUGUUCCCUAAAUAGAUAAGACAGCCAAAGGUUGAGAGAGAAGAAAUAUUCUCAUUCCACAGAUGUCAACAAAGGCAUGGAAUAAGGAAGUGAAUUUCCUUGUCAUAGAGCAAAGGCAGGACUUGAACGGAUUUCUUGAUUCCUAGCUCACAUAAUUGGUUUAAUUUUUUGCCUCUGCUGUAGACUUGCUGUGGGGAGUUAUUUGAGUUAAUCUUUUUUAUUCCUGUGAUGUAAUUUUUUCGUCCAUCGAACAAACAGUGCUUCUGUGUAAAGGUAAAUGAGACCAAAUUGUUAAAGGAGAGUUAAGAUCCUUAGAUGAAUCUUCUUAAAUGCAAAUUUUUCUUAUACCAUGAUACAGCAUACACUAUUGUGUUGAUAUAUAGUACUGUUAAGUGGCAUAAUGACAUUCCAACAGAAUACAAAGAUUGACUUUAUUUACUACUUUAGUGAAGGAUAGAUGUAACAGGAUGAAAGUGCAAGCAUUUUUAGAGGUGAUGCUUUUAAAUAUAAUAAUAUGUGCCAUCAUGUUUCUACGUAGUAUUAUCUAGGCAGAAAAAAUGUAUAAUUCAGGCCCUGUAAAUCAAAGACUAUUAAGAAAUAUUAAGUAGAGAAUUUGUAAUCUGCUUUGUAAAGCUCAAAAAAGAAAAAAUUGCACAGCUGUAGCCUGUGAAGCAGACAAAAGAGUGGAGGCAUUAGGAAUAUAUAUAAUUUUUUUUUUUACUUAGCAUGUUCCACACCCUGUUUCUGAUGUCUGUUAUUGAUGAAUCGGUUUUCUUGUCCCACACAGACAUGUCAUGUUCUGCUGGGGAGUCGAUAGCUGCAGUUGCUGCAGUGCUACAUGUGCAGCUUUGUGCGUUGUAGGAUGCUCGUCUGUUGCUACGAAGCUGUUGAGAAGCUGCAGGUAUAUUUUCCCUGGAAGCAGACACGUAUGGUAUUUGUAAGUGGGAGAGGCCUCCCUAUUCCCAGUCCCAUGAUGACACAUAACCUAUUCUUUGAUAUUUGCUUUAAUAUGUAAAGUUACUGUUUUUAAUUUUUUACUUGCUAGUGAUAAUCCAUACCGUCCUCUGCAUCAUGAAAAGAUGUCAACUGGUGACACAGACUGUAAUAAGAUAGUAUAAAUAUCUCUUGUAUUUGUAAAUUACAUGUUCUGAGAACAUGACUUUGGCUUUUUCUCUUCCAUCUAUAUUUUUUUAUGUUGAGAUUGUUCGAUUCUUCACGCAAAGGCUUUAUGUAGUGGCCUGCAAACACACGAUCCCUGGGAGGUGAUGCUGCCUGAGUGCUAAGAUAAAUGCCCUGUUUCUGUCAGAGUACAUUAAUUUCUGCUAAUGAGAUUUUGGAGGGAAACAUUGUGAGAAAUAUUUGUAGACAAACUUUUCGAACGAAACAUCUGGCCCUUUGUGCAAAAACCUCGGUCCUGUACUAUAAAUUAAAUGGCAGGAAUAUAUCUGGGGAAAUGUAUCUAUCCGUUCCUGUUUAAAAUCUUUGUUUUUAAGAUUAUAGUGCUUGGUUUGAAAAAUAAAAGAAGUGCUUAAA